GUUGUAUCACUGUUUACCGUUCGCCUGGAUACCGCUUUUUUGAGUCGUGUACACGCUUAGGACAGUAUUCUUUUGGUUCUUUCCUUUUUAGCAGCAUUGGUCGUUCUUUUAUUCCCUGUUUGCUAAACCUUCCUCUCUUUUUCAAUUCUUACUUCAUACUGUCUUCUUAGCUGUCCAGCCUCAUUAAGCACAAGCGUUACAUAGAGAAUCUGUGUAACUUGCAUUUCCCAACCACUUACACUCGCUUUAUAUCUUGUUUUGUCUAUAGACUCUCAAUAUGGUCCCUAAGUCACUUGCAUUUAUCGUUUAUGCCCUCUUGACGGGCUCUGCUCUUGCUCGUCACACUCGCCGUUCUCACUCGCAUCCUCACCGUUCAUCCGUGAAAGCCCGUGGCUCGACGCAAUGUGCUUUCCCCUAUGCCGACAAGAUGGUCGCCGUUACUCCGCAGUACGAGAACGCUGGGUGGGCCAUGUCCCCCGAUCAGCCUUGUUUGCCCGGAAACUACUGUCCCUACGCUUGUGAGCCUGGUUAUUUGAUGGGCCAAUGGGAUCCCGAGGCCACUACUUACUCCUACCCCGAGUCCAUGUACGGUGGUCUCUACUGUAACUCGGACGGUACUAUGGAGAAGCCAUACCCCAAGAAGGAUUACUGUUACCCUGGUGUUGGUAACGUGUAUGCUGUCGACAGAACUGGCAAGGGUGUUUCCUUCUGCCAAACUGUUUUGCCUGGUAACGAAGCCAUGCUUAUUCCCACUUGGGUGAGUGCGAACUCCAAGCAAGUCUUGGCUGUUCCCGACACCUCGUACUGGGCCGGUACUGCCGCCCAUUACUACAUCAAUGCUCCUGGUGUUAGCACCGACGAUGGCUGCGUUUGGGGUACGACCGACAACCCUUACGGUAACUGGUCCCCCUACGUUGCUGGUGCGAACAUGGACGCUAACGGCAUUACGUACGUUAAGCUUGGUUCGAACCCUAUUUAUGUUGAUGACCCUAACUGGGUCGAUAUCGCUCCCACUUUUGGUCUUCGUCUUGAGUGUGAGGGUGACGGUUGCUCGGGUCUCCCCUGCUACGUUGACCCCCGUCAAGGCGGUGUCCAGGGCUGCCCUCCUGGCAGUCCUACGGGUGCUGGAGGUGCUUGUUUCUGUGUUAUUGGUUUCCCCAAGGGUACCAGCGCUCGUAUCAUCAUUGAGGAGUAUGGUACCAACGGUACCGUUACUAGCUCCAGCUCUGUUGCUGUGAGCAGCUCUGCUCGUGCUUCCUCCGCUGCUGCCACCUCUUCUGUUGUGCGUGCCUCUUCGUCUGCUACUCCCACCACCUUUGCAACUGUGGUGAAGUCUAGCUCCGUUGCACAAAGCAGUGCCGCUGCUGCUUCCAGCGCUGCUCCCGUCUCGAGCGUCGUUGCUUCCAGUGCCCCUGCCGCUGUUUCUAGCGCCGCUCCCGCCUCCAGCACUCCUGUUGCCGCCUCGAGCGCUGCCCCUGUCUCCAGCACUCCUGCCGUUGUUUCUAGUGUCGCCCCUGCUUCCAGCGAGACUCCUGUUGUCUCUAGCGCGGCUCCUGCAUCCAGUGCCCCCGCUGCUGUCUCGAGCGACGCUCCCGUUUCUAGUGCUGCCCCUGCCACUACUCAGGAUGCUGCUACUACUACUCCUGUUGCGGCUUCCAGUGCCGCUCCUUCUACCCAAGCAGCCCCUGAGAGCACACCUGCUGCUUCUGUUGCUUCUAGUGCCCCCGCCGCCGCUAGCAGCCCGGUCGCUGCCUCUAGCGAACCCGCUGCUGCUGCUGCUUCCAGCACUCCUGCCGCUACCUCUGAGGUACUUCCUACCACGAGCGCUGCUGCUGUUUCCUCCCAGGAUGGUUCCGACGAGGAGGUCGUCUACGUGUACUCUACCGCUGAUGCCACCACUCAAGUCGUUACCGUCCUCACCGAGGCCACUGCUGCAUAAGUUUGUCGCGUUCUUUUAGAGCGCAGGCGCUUUCACGUUCGUUUAUUGUUUGUAUUUCUUUUUCUUAAUGAAUGGUUAGUUGGAAUAGAACGAAGUGUUGUAUUAAUUUUA